AUGAACGGUUUUAUUUCUGGAAGUUUUUGGCAGCAACAUCAGUCGCUUUAUUCUGACACAAAGAAUACCUAUCAUGCGGAGGUAUUGACCUGUCGCCAACGGAAAGAAAGGCGCCUUCCUAAAGCGGCGUCGAGGGGGCUCGGUCGCACACCCGCGCGACACCUCGGGCGUGCAGCUCGAAACAGUGCUGGGCCGUUUACUCGUUCUACGACGUUGUACCGAAGAGAAUGCUUCGGUUUGGCAAUGUCUGGAACCGUGGAUGCGAUCUGCAGUGACACCCUAACAGGGCGCGGGGCCUAUCGCCAGGAGCCGCGGUUCACUGCCUUGGAGACGAAUGCUUCGAUUCUCGAGGUCGGUACAGCGCGAAUUUUUAUCGACCCGCACUUGGUUGGCCCGCUGGUGUUUUUUGACCCCCGUUUCUUUGCCCAGUACAAAACCAAGCUGCAUAUAUCUGAUACUCGACAAGUAUCGGAGAUGCGAAAGCGCAUCCGAGAGCAGUUCGGCCCGAUAUCGCUGGUGGUGCUCAGCCAGGCGCUCGCGGAUCACGCGCAUGAACCAAGCCUACGGUAUCUGGAUCGCGAGCUUCCUGUUGUGGCUCCAAAUAGUGCGCGACCUUUGCUCACGAAACUAGGCUUCGAGAAUGUUCAGUACCUGCGGCCCGGAAACAGUUUUCGAAUGGACUGCGGCAGCGAGCGGUCCCCGAGCGACGAGUACGUCGACAUACAAGCGGUGAAGGGCUCGGUUGUUGGACCUCCGUGGCAAGAGCCGGAGAACGGCUAUAUUUUCCGGUUGUAUCGAGUGCUGGCGCCCAAUGAAGCGCAUGUUUGUGUCUUUCGCAUGUUUUACGAGCCGCACGGGAAUUUCGAUGCGUCGGCAUUGCGCACAGCGUUGGCGAGUACGCAGGACCCCGACGGUCGCCUCGUCGACGUGGUGCUAACCCCGCCCAUACGUGUUCUGUUUGCCGGAGUUUACGAGCUGCUCCGAGGGGCCCCCAGUGCCGUCGAGUUGGUGCAGCUUCUCCGACCACAAAUGGUGAUUCCAAUACGGAACUGGGAAGGUCACCAGUCUGGUUUGCUCUCGGGGCUCCUGCGCGGCACCGGAAGCCUUCAAGAAUUUCGAGAAAGCGUCGCGCAGAUAGCAAGACGCUUGCAGUUGGACACGCAGCUGGUUCGCAUUGGCGAGCCUGGGGAAGCGUUCACCUUACCCUUGCGCCCGCUUUCUUCGUAA